CAAAAACGGCGUAGUUCUAUGUGAAUUGAUAUAAACGCAAAAUAAAAUUUCUACGAAGAAGCUGCGAAAUUACAACGUUGAAAAAAAAAUAAUACGAAGAAGUUAUCAUAAUGGAUACGAAAAUUCUAUGCAUAAUCGUUUUUGCUUUUUCGGUAGUUCUUGCAGAAAAUACUGGUACUUAUUAUGAUCGUGCUGUGAUUGAGAGUUGUUCAGGAUGUUCAUUGAAUAGACUCCCAGAUGUAAAAAAAUUCAUUUUCGAAGACGUUCCUGAUUAUGAAAGAGUGGAAUAUAAAAACAUUGCUGGAGCAAUUCCAGAACUUGUACUUUACAAAAAUAAUGAGGAAAUUGAACGUCUGCCACUGUCUAAAUUAACUCGAGAAGAAUGUAAUGAACUUUUAGUCUCAAAAGGAUUUACUCGUGAAAAACAUUUGAAAGACGAAAUAUAAAAAAUUUCACUCAUUCAAUUGAGAAGAACUGAAGUUCUGAAUCUUCUAUUAUAUUUCAUGAAAAAAAA